CGGGGCAGCAUGAGUACGAGCAUUAUUUUUUUUUUUUUGCCGAUGCUCGUGAUGCCGCCCCCCAUCACGAUGCCUAUCUAAAACCGCUACUGCACCCUGGCCCCUCUCGCUCUCUGUCGCUGGUUGGGUGUUCAGCCAUUUUCAGCCCGCCUCCUUCUUUCUUUCUUUGCUAGACUCACAAGAGAAUCAUCGGUCCUGUUUUAUUCUAACAAUUUUGGGCUGUGGACUUCUUUCUCCCGGAAGUUGGAAUGUGUAAAUAUUAUGAUUAGUGGACAGCAAUGAUUAGCGGAUGGAUGGAGCUGCUUCCUUUUGUGGCAGUUUCUGCCACAAUAUACCGUCCAUAUGUGACUCUGCGCUACUACGUGUCCUUCUCGUGACGUUGUCUCUUCUAUGUGCUGAUGUAGAAGCUCUCCAGGUGAUUGGUGGAAGUGUGACAGUGGUUCAAGGAGGCACUGCUAUCCUACCGUGUCAUGUCAUUGAUACCAAUGAUGACCUGACACAGAUUUCCUGGCAGAGGAGGACAAGAGAAAAACCUCGCAAUGACAAUUUCCUCACUAUCUUACCCAGAGAGCGAGCGCAGUUUGUCAAUGGAGGUGAUGAUCGAUUUAAAUAUAUCGGGAAUUUUAACAACAAAAAUGGAACUCUUCAGUUAUCCAAUGUUGCCCUGAAGGAUGAAGGCAGCUACACGUGCAUCUUCACCUUGUUUCCCAGUGGAAAUCAGAAGACUGAGAUACCUCUAAACUUGCUUGUGCCUCCUUUCACAAACGUGAAGGACAAUCUUUCCACUUUGGGCACAGAAGAGGUUUUAUUUGCUACCUGCACGGCUGCUGGAUCGAAGCCUCCUGCAGAGGUGAGGUGGCUCACUGGUGCUUUGGGAGACAAAGUGAGGACGACAACAAACUCCACACAGUAUGACAACGGUACAACUACCACAGUCAGCUCAUUGUUUGGUGUACCCACGAGAGAGAUUAACGGUCACCAGGUCCAGUGUGUCAUCAGCGGUGACUCCCUGACUAAAGAAGAAACCCUGCCCUUCAUCAUACAGGUCUACUUCUCCCCCACAGAAGUGAACAUUAGAGCGAUUUCAGAGGACUCGUUUGAGUGUUUGACAGAAGCCAACCCAAACGCAAAAUUUACCUGGAGCAGAUCUGGCCAGUCGUUGCUGCAGUCUGCUGUCAAAGUAGAUGGUGCAAAGCUACAACUGCUGAGUCUGACUUCUGAUCUAAAUGGCCUCUAUCAGUGUGAAGCAUCUAAUGCAUAUGGAAGAAAACACGGUCAGCUGUAUGUGCAUGUGGCAUCAGGAGCAUGCUCUGCUGCUUGGGCCUUAUUUGGUGUUCUGGUUUUCCUGAAUGUCACUGGGGCUGCUGCAUGGUGCUUUUAUAAUUCUGGAUAUCUUAUAAGUUUUCUUAGGAGACCAGAUAACAGGAGAACAGAUGAUGAUCAUGGACCAGAAGAUGACGGAAGGCAUGUAUCAUUGUUGCCUUACAGUGCUGGAGAUGAUCAUGGACUACAUGAUGCCCCGCCAACUCCCAGAGGUGCACAUGAUGAUCAGGGACCAUCUAGGAGAACAGAUGAAUAUCAUGGACCAGAAGAGCAGAAGUUCAUCACAGACCAAAUGAUGACGGGUAGCAGUGCAGUGGUGGUGGCAGUGUGACAGUAUUUCAAGUAGGUAACCCAAUCCUGCCAUGUCAUGUUAUUGAUAUCGAUGGCAUCACUAGUGAUGGGAUUAAUAGCAUUAUUUUUUUUUCAGUAAUUAGUAAUCUAACAAAUUACUAUUUCUAUUGUUACAACACUGUUACAAUUACUAACAAGACAAUGCAGUGCAGGUGAUGAUUUUAAAGGCAAAAAUUGAACUCUUCAGUUCAUCAAUGUUACCCUGAAGGAUGACGGCAGAUACACAUGCAUCUUUACCUAAUUCAAUCAGAAGAUCAGCUAUCUCUUAGAGCAGGGGUAGGCAACUCGUGUCCAGUGUGUCUUCAGUGGUGACUUACUGCCUAAAGAAGAAACCCUGACCUUCACCAGGCAGAUCUACUGUGGGUAUCAGCUGUUCAUUUUUUGUCUUCUUUUGUAUAAUUACUGCUUUAAGCAGUUUUUUAUUUAAUAAAGAGAUAUUUUAAAAAUACACAGUCACAACUGAUCUCAGCCGCAAGAUGAUACUGCUGAUUUGAAGUCAAAUUACUCUUCACAGCCAUGAGACAUAAACAGUUUGAUCAUAGGAUGCAAACAUAUGUGAAACAUUAUUGUGACUUCAUUAGUAUUUCUUCAGUUCAUUAUUAUAACAGUUCUG